CUAAUGUUUAUGCUUCCAGGUUUUUCAUGGUGGUCUAGCUUCAAUUGACUCAUGAAUUUAACUAUGAAAUAAAUAAUAAUAAAAUAAAUGAUUGACAUGCUUUAUGGUUAACCAAUGAAGUCAUUUUUGUUUAUUUUCCAUGUUAGUAUUUUAAUACUAGAAGGGUUUGCUGGGAUUUUUUCAAAAAUUACCAAAUGGACAUUUUAGUGCAGCAAACAAGUAAGAGAAAUUUUACUAUAUGCUAAACUUGAAUUGAAAGGUACAUAGUUGUCAUUGUAGAAAUAUUAGAUUUCAUUCAAUCUAAUUAAAAGUAUCUUGAUACAAUCUACUAUAUAAUUAAAAUAUAUUAUUAUAGUUUGUUUGAAUGAACAUAAAUUUCACUUCCUAAUUUUUUUCUGAACAAUAGUUGCUAUUCACAUAGACUGUUUCUGUACUAUAAGCACCGUUAUUAAUGAGCAGCUCAAUGGUCAUUUACCAGAAAUAUUUUGUUUCUUUCUUAAGUAAUUCAAACAACUCAUCCAGUAUAAUCUUUUCUAAGAUUUUCAAUCGUUUUAAUUAUGUAUUGUAAAAAUGGAAAACUAUUUGAUCCCCUUUUUGCCUCAUUUUUAUUUACUCUUGUGUUAAAUGCGUAUUGGAAUUAAGAGAGAGAAACACUAUUAUUUUCGGAAUUAACAGAUGGUAUGACCCUAUCUCAGAUUGAUAACAGACUUAGUGAUGUGAUUUCAUGUAAAUCUCCUUGUACUUCUUCAUUUUAUUGUACAAAUAGGAUAAAGUUCAUAGCCAACUGACUUUUCUGUAAAUAUCUGAGCCAGUUUGCGAAGAUUUAAUCAAUUAGAAAAUCAUAUUGUAUUACAUGCGAUUAGUAUUAAACCAUAAAGGCUCUGAAUUCGUGGGUGCGUACUAUUGAGAAGUGUUGUGGUGACACUUGAGGGGGAAACCGAAAGAGGAAGUUUAGAGGUGAAAGUCAAUGUAGGAGGAAUAAUAGAAAUUGAAGAGGGAGGUUGAUUAUGAAUACAGUGGUCUUGAGUGCUGUUAGAGGUAUGAGGGCGGUUAUCACUUCCCGGUUGCACACACCGUGGAAGGGUUCUUCUGGAGGUACCUGAAAAGGAAAUUGGUUUAGAGAUGGUCUUAGUGACCUGAGAGCGUGAUCGCAGUGCCCAAGGGACAACUGAUUGAGGUCGGUCACACACUACCUUCUUAUGGGUAAUUUUCGUGUUAACUCCGCACUUGCUGAGACCUUACCGCCGGAGACGGAUAUCUAUGGGAAUAAGGCAAGGUGUGCAUUUUUAGAGUUGACCUUUUCUAACCCCACCCCUCCUUGUGAGAUGGCAGCAUCGCUGUCAUGCUGGUUGUCUGAAGGAAACACCUUACUGCUGUCACACCUCUGUACAGUCAGCAAUACGACUUAGCCUUCGGACCUUGGGUUUGUUGCUUUUAGUCUUACCGCUCUUCAACCGACCUGCCUGACAUGGUAGGACCUUGAGGACCGAUUGUUCCAGCCAAUACAGCUCGGUUGCUUCAUCACGAUAGGCAAGCCCAACUACCACGUCAAGGUAGCAACAACGGUUGGGAUUGAGAAGUGCUAAACUAAGACGAAACACAUGUUGGAUCUUUCAUGGUUUUCAUUCUUUCACAUAGUAUCAGUUUAUAGUGAAAGCGAUCUUCGAAUACAUCCAUUGUGAUUUCUAAGUAUUUUAUACUUUAAUUUUACAUAAAAGACCAAUUUUUACAAUUGUUUUUAUAUCUCGCUUCUUGAAUUGAUACAAGUGGACACUUUUGUUACGAAACGUAUUUUUGGAAUGGUGAAACUAUGAGUAGAGUCUUAAGCUUCUGUUAUUUAAUGGUAUUAUUUCACAUUAUUUGAAAGAUUGUGGUUGAGUAAUCCUACUGCUACUUUGAUGUGAUGGUCCGGUUUGUAUGACUUGAUUUUACUCAAACGAGUUAAAUCGUCUCGAAAAUUCAAUACUUCAUGUUCGACCAUAUCAGCCAAAUUGAUAGGAUAGAGAGUAGUAAAAACUAAAAGCUGUACACUCAUAGUCUGAGUCCGAAGUCAUACGGCUGACCGCAUAGGGCUGUGACAGGAUUAGGGCGUUUCAAAUAACCAGCAUAUGCAGUAAUGCUGCCUUCUGACAACACAAGGAGUUGGUUAGAAAACGUCCAUCCUAAAAGCAGCGUACAUCACCCCAUGAAUUUCUGUCAUCAAUAAUAAGGCUUUGAAAGUACAGAGCUAACUCAUCUAAAACUACUCGGAAUAAAGCCUUGUGUGUCCGACCUCAAGCGGUCGUCCCUUUGGCACUCAAGUCAAGCUCCCAACUCGUCAGAAUUGCUCAUAACCUAGUUUCUUCUACGGGAACCUCAAGAAGUAUCCUUCCAACCUGAGGAUGUCAAUCGUCCUCAUAAAUCUAACAGUAAAUCUUUUUUAUAAGUUUGUACUAAUUAUUAAACUUUACUUGGAUAUAAUGUCCUAGGUUUAUCAGAAUCCGAAAAUUUUUUCACUGUUUCAGUUACUUUAGCAUAAGAAAGGUUCCAACUUGAAAUGUGUCAAUUAUCUAAAUAAUUGGUACUAUAACGGGACUCAAGCAAUAUAGAAUUUGACACUUGUAUCUGAAUGGGGAUUUGUGGAGAUUGUAGUUAUUUUAACAGUUGAAUUCAUGAGACAAUCUAAGCUAGACCACCUUUAAAAACGAAAUAGCUAUCUAGUGACUCCAGGUUUUCAAUGUUCGUCUAGCUUAAACCGACUCGCAAAUUCACCUCUGUAUCUCUUUAAAUCCAAGUCUUCACAACAGUAAAAAUACAAAAAUCAACAAAAAAUCAUUAAAAUAAAGAGAUUGAAUGAUUAAGGUAAUAGGAUGUUCAAAAGUCAAAACACAAACUCAACCACAACACUAAUAGUAAUAAAUGCAACAGUUAUAUAUUUGCUACACUGUUAAACGUUUUUCAAUUACAACUUACUUAUAAUCUUGAAGUUCUCUGCAAUCUAAGCCCAUAAUUAUGCCAGAAAGUGUUGAGUUUGUUUUAUAUCUUUAAACUAUUAUUCACACUUUACCACCUUUCUAAUCGUCCUGUGGUUAACCCAUAAAUUUUAACUAUUCCAUUCUUUUUAUUACAGUGUUCCUUCAUUUAUAAUUUUUAUUAUUUCCAGUUGCUUCUUCUAGAAAUAUUAAAUACUAAUUUUCUUUAAUUAUUAAUUCCCCAUGUUGUGGUGUCGGAUAUUGAUCGAAAUAUUUAGUCAGCAAUUAUUUUAUUUGAUGUGUACUAUUAACAGCAUAAUCCCUCCAUCCGUUCUUUCAUGAAAGAUAAAAUGAUCUACGUCUUUUCCUUCAUUAAACAAGGAUAUUUUUGUAAUUUACUAAAUUUUGUCUAACUAAAUCCAUAGAGUAAAGAAUAAAAGUAGCUUGUAACGAAGUCAAAAGAUUCCUUUUGUCUAGACACAUUUAUUAUUAUCCUUCUCAUCUAUCAAUCCUUAUCCACUUGUCUAUCUACUUAUAGCACAGCUAUCAUCAACACAAUAACACUUGAAUAAAAUCAACCUGUCUCUGUCACACACACACGGAAACAUGAAAUGAAUUUGUACUAUAACCUGCUUUUUUCAGUUUAUUAUAUUGUCUGCUAUUUUUAAUUGUUAUAAUCUAUGAUUUGUAAUACCUAUUAAGUAAUUACCUGUCUUUGUACUGUAAAAACAAAUGUGUAAAUGAAUUUUUAUUGAUAAAUUAUUUCAGUGUAAAUCAUGUUUACUCAUACGUCGUCGUUCAGUGAAUAGGACUGUGAACGAUCGAUUUAUGUAUUUAACAUUCAGUCAUUUUGACACACAAAUACAAAAUUUACUUUAAUUUAGCUUUAAUUAACCCCGGUGAUGAUCAUUAUCUCUUAGAAAAAGUGUUUGACCCUCAUACCUGAGUAGAGAAAAACCUAUUUAUCAGUUGGCAUUUAAUACCAUUAUUCAUAUUUGAAUAUGAAAACUGCAUUAUAUCAAUGAAUUUAUUUUCUGUUGUUUGUUAUGUAUUACAACUCGAUAUUAGAUGGAAUGUCGUUGAAAACUAAGAAACACUAAACAACUGUUUCCUUAUAUUCCAGAACUCCUCAGUUGUACACACUACCCAUUCCAAAACGUUUAGAAACUCUCGGGGAAAAACAUCACGUUGCUUCAUAACAAGUUACAAUCUUUCAUAUCUCGGCAUGUUUAAAGAAUGAUUCAGAUGCUUCUCACAGUAGACUAAUAUCGAUUUCUUUAACGAACUAAGCGGAAUUAUUAAAGAUUGUUUUUCAUAGCUUACUAUUGAUCUAACUAUGUUAACGUGUUGAUUCUACUUUUAAGAAAGAGAAUAAAUCUUUUAAUGUGAACUACAUAAGUAUUUUGGUAGUCGUAGUAGUAUGGAAUUUAUUGUAACUUGUUUUCGUUCACUGUGGGAAGGAGAGAUACAUUAAAAAGUGAUGUAGAAAGGAAUCAAAUUAUUCACUAUGAUAACUAUAAUAAUACUAUCUAUUUUCGUAAAACCGAAAGUGUAAGUAGAAUAGAAGUAAAAUAUACAUUUUCAUCACUUUGUAGCAUAGUUACGAUUGUGUUUAUAUCAUACUUGGUGUUUAUGUAAACAGAAGACUUCCAAGUCAGUCACUUAGUUAGUUUUUCUAUCAUGUAAGCUGCCGUAAAGUUUAUUUUUUGUCAUUUUUGAUCUUUCAGAAAUGUUCUAUUAUUAUGGUGCUUCCUACAGCUCUUCAUUUCCCACUGCUACUCUCAUAUUUGUAGCUUUAUUAACUAAUACUGCGCAAUUAUCACCAGAUAUGGAUUUACUCAUUGAAGUACGUUGCCAACUAGAGAAAUUAUUUGAAAUAUUUCGAGUUGUUCAGCUAUGUGAUUCGGAACAACAACAGAGUGACAACAAUUAUGCAAAUGAUUCUGAUUUAUCUAGUCGCUUCUUAGUUCAUCGUCCACCUCCAUCUGGAUGGUCUACUUCUCCACGAGUGAUUGAAACAGAAAAUAACCCGAAUUCCUUUGGUGUUACUGAUUCAACAAAAUGUAAGCACAAUUCUCUACUAUUAUCAUCUACGUUAGAUUGGAAUUGUCUAACUGGGGAAUUUAGUUGGCCAAUUUUACCAGAACCAUUAAGUUUACCACCAGCCGAAUAUGUUCUACUUACACCAACUGCUUAUUGGCCUAGAACUUUAUCCAGUAUCAUCAAACGUUCGUGUUCAAUGUCGUCACCAACAUCGUUGCCAUCUACAACAACUAGUAACAAUAGUAAUUCUGGUAAUCUGGAAUCUCAUUUAGCUGCAGGACUGUUGAAAUUAUGGUUGCGUGAAUUAAGUCAACCUCUUAUUCCAGUUGAACUACAACCGAUAUGUUUGAAAGCUGCUUGUGAAGCGGAAGUUUAUGAAUUACAAGAUAAAGAUUCAAUAACUGGUAAUAAUUUGUCAUCGGAUUUAAAUCCCAUUCAGAAAUGUUGUCGAUUGGUUAGAUGCUUAAAUCCAUUACCAAGAAGAUCACUAUUAUAUUUAAUCCUACUUCUACAAGUAAAUGUUUUGAGUUUUUGUACUAAUAUACCAAGAGUUUCGAGUUGUUUUGAAAUUGUAGUUUAAGAUUUUGGAUUUUAACAAUGAAAACGUAAUAUUCCAAAAAGGUUACUGUCUUUACAGGUAUAUAAUCAUCAUAUAGUCAGAUUUUAUGCAUCCAUUUAAAGGAGCUAUUUAAAUCCCUCAACUAUUACGCCCUAAAGUGGGAAGAAUUCUGAUGUCGUCCUCGAGGUUUUACUUUAACGGCAAUAUCCGAAUAUUAAUGAUUAUUUGAUGCUAUGACUACUAGUUACUGCAAAAUAUUGUUCCUAUUUAAAUUACACACUGAAUUUCAGUAAAUGGAAUAUAACCAUUGAGAUUGAAAAACGUUGAUUUUGAGCCAAUGAAUGUAGAACAAUCAAUGAGGUUACAGUUUUACAUUACUGAUCGGUAUUUUUGAAAUCUUAAAUUUGAGCUUUUGAACAUAAUAAACUGUUACUCAAUGAUAAUGGAUCAAUGCCAAUGACUGAAAAUCGCUUACCACCCAGUAAAUUGACUGAUAUAACAGAAACAUCAUUAGCACGAUGUACGAAUCACGUGAGCUUAGUAGAUAUUUGGAUACAUAUGCUUCUGUGCAUCAGUGUCACGAUUUUACCAGCUGGUAACUUGUUAUCAUUAAUAAACCAUGUAGUUUUGCAAACUUCCGGAAUAUAAGAUUUUGUAUGUAAAAUUGUAGAGUAAGGUGUAAAACUUCAUUCUAUAUUUUUCGUAUUUUACUUACGCCUGUUACCUAUCGUGGAGCAUGGGCCACUGACCAGGAUUUUUCAACCUAUUCUGUCCUUGGCUCUCAUUUCCCAGUUUUUCCCAAGUGUUUUUCAUGUCUGCCUCCAUUCCCGGAGCAAUUUAUUCUUUCGUCUGUCUCAUUUCCUCUCGCUUUGAGAAUUACAAGUUGGGGUUUGCUUUGUUAUGUGAUAGCUAAUUAUAAAUACUUAUAACCUUUUGAUGAUGGCUGUAAUAGUUUUGAAAUUUUCAGCUCUAUAAAGUAGGACUGUCUUGACGUUAGUAUUCUGACUUUGGUUUUGACUGACAUCUGUUCGUAUUUCACCAAACACUAAAUUUUCUAUCUUAAUUUAUUCUUAUCUCAUAAUAAGCUGUAAAUUUGUUCGAUUCAAUAUGUGAAUUUUGAUUUGAUAAUAUUUGUUCGUUUUGUUUUUCAUUCGGUGUUAACCUUAAUUUUCUUUUCAUAUAAAAUAGUAAAAAGGAUUAUGAGUCACUUCUCCACAUAAAUUAUUCACGAAAAACAAUAUGCCAAUAUUUAUUCAGUUUUAUCAUUUUCAUUUGUUUUUCUAAUAUCAAUUUCUACUUCUUUUUUUCUGCCUCGACUGUUUUCUAAUUCUAUCUACGCUAGUUAUCUGGUUGGUUAGUUAUUUAGAGAUGAACAAAAUACUACUACUCCAAGUUAAAUGUUUAUAAUGAAUUCCUAAUUAAUAGUGAAAUUAAUUUAUCUAAUAUUCAUUGCAUGAAUAGAUAGAACCAUUCACAUAAUAUCCUUUAUAUUGGCUAGAACUUACCUUUCCGAUAGAAAAAUAACAACUGACAUUAACGACUGUAUUAAGAUGAAAUAUUAAACCAGAAGUUAAAUGUAAACUAAAAUUGUUUGAUUUGUCAGUAGGAAAUAUUGUUUGAUAUUGAAUUAGGCUGAAAAAAACUCGAUAAAAGUAUAGGGUAGGAAUGAGCUUGGGCGAUUCUUAAAGUGACUAUGUUAUUUUGAAGCCAGUGGGCAAAGUCUGUAUGGAUGAAAGUAUUUCAAAAAAGAUAUUAUGAAACCUAAGAAAGUCUAGCGGUUUUUUGGAAGAACCUUAUGGAGCACCUUGUGCAAUGAAAGCUAAACGCUGGGUGUCCUAUUGACUACUUAAACCUACCUAACAUCUCAACACAGUGCAUGCGAUUUCGAGUCACUUAGAGCCAUAGGCACAUGGUAAUUUGACUGAUAAAACUCGAUCAAAACUAAGGACUAGAUAAAAUAUAUGGCACUGGUCACUACUAAUCAGUCAUUAAUUAAUGUUAUUAAAUGGUGUUUGAUGCGAUAAUGGAUAUAUAUAGUGUUUAGUUAUUCGUUCAAAUAAGUGUUAAUCAAUUUCAUAUAAAUGAAGCCUCAUUAUUCUAUCCAAACAUUAAUUCAUCUGCCUUUUACUUCACUGUGAUAUUCUUAUAGGAUAUAGACAGUUCUAGAAAACUAUUUUAUCAUCCCUGCUGUGUUGUGUAUUAUCACUUGAAUAAUGAACUGUUCAUGUUAAUUUUUCAUUUUAGCAAUUCACAAUAUUUUUUUUUUCAAAUUCAGUCAACGUACAUGGAACUAUUGAUCUUUACUAGCCUGUAUUUCAUGUUGUUGAAUGACCUAAUAAUUCACAUGCUGUGAAUAAAAAUUUUUUCUGCUGUUAUUUUGACCACCUUGUUUUAUAUACAUUUCGCAUCUAUCGAAGCCAGUUCACUCAAAUCAGUCAUUAAUGGAUGCGCGUAAUUUAUCCACUGUGAUUGCACCAAACGUAAUGCGUUCAUCAACUAGUAAAGAUCCCCGUGAAUUGCUACAGAAUGUUAAACCACAAACAUUAUUCAUUCGUCUCUUAAUCACUCAUUUGGAUAUUGAAGUUGAACUAAAAUAUUUGAGAGAAGAAGAGGAAGAGGCUCGUAAUGUAAGUGGGGAAGACGGUGAAUUGAAGGAGAAAACGAUCUCAGACACAAAUAUUGAUGGCACUGAUACUGGAGUUAAACCAAUACAAUUUAAUAAUGAAAAUAAUAAUACUGUAUCAUGUAAUCAUGACAAAUUGUCGUUAUCAUCCAAUGGUUAUGUAUAUUUAACAUCACCGGUACGUGUUAGACUUGGUCCUGACAAUGGCUUCAUACCUAUAUGAAAUGUGAUUUGACUAUUCUAUUUGCCUUUCUGUUUUGAUACGUAUUGGUUAUGCAUGUUUACACAUGCAUACGCAUAUAUAUGUAUUCAUCUAUCCUUUUCUCCAUGAAAUAAUGCAAUCAUUGGUCUUAAUAAUAUCUUGCUAUAUGCACAUUCAGUCUUUCUCCUGGUGUCAUGCACAAUCAGGCUGAACAAAAUUUAUGGUUUGGAUUUGUUCGUGUAUUUUCUCUUCAUUGAGUAUCUAUUCACCACUAAUCUCUUCAUUUUAUAUCACUUAUCUUUCUGUUCCUUCUCUCUGGGAAUAUUUUCUCCGAUCGAGAUAACAAUCACCUUUUUCUAACAAAUGCUGAUAAUUUGCUUACUGACUAGUCUGUCAGCAUCAAUAUCCACAACCUCUCUCUUUUUGUUGUCGUCGUUUUUUUUGUCUGUAUCUCGGAUUAUUGAUCGAGGUAUUCAUCAGAAAGUAAGUACAUUUAAAUAAUGCUUUUACAUUAAUGUAUCACAAGAAGAAAUUUUAGUGAGAUGAGUUUUCCUGUUAUUUGAGAGAAAUGAACCUAAUGGGCGUGUCACUUAUAUAUCAGAAUGGAUAUGACAAUUCAUCUUUUAAGAGGAAGUGAGUGCGCAAGAAGAAUGUAAACUCUGAUUAAUUUUUUUCGAAAAACAACUGGAUGUGAUGUUCAUUGAAACGUACAGAUCAAUAUUAACAAUAGUAAUGUGUCGGUUUACUUGCAGACACACACAGAUUGAAAUAUUUCAACUCUCAUUUUAAAAACAAGCAUAUAAACUUACCCUCAUUCUUUACUUUUUACUUUGUGUUUAUAUCAAGCGAUUAACCUGAACAAAAAGUUUAUUCUCGUCCUUGUGUUGUACAGUUAAUCUCUUGUUAUCAAGACAUUUAUUGUAAUGCUAUAAUUACAUAUGAUUACAGUGAUCUUUCAUAUAUUACAAUACUUUUUGUUUUUUUUGUAAAAAUAGGGAGGUGAUUGAAAUGAUAUUACUAUUGUUGCUAUUAUGUUUUCAAGCAAUAUACACGUGUAUUACAUGUGUAACUAUUAAAAUUAUAGUUUGAAAAAUGUACUAUACUAACGAUUCUUUUAAUUAUCGUUUUACGUUAUUAUAACUGCAAUGUUGAGUUGAAAGAUUACAUCUCAUUGUUGACUGCCUGUUUUGUUCUCAUUUGUGUGCACAUUAGUUGUGUUUCAUCAUUUUUAUGUGUUGAAUUAUGGGUAUUAAGAGUGUAAUGAAUAUUUGGAUAGAUUUUACAGCUUACUAGUUUAACUACUUACAAUCACACAAGUAGACCAAUGUUUCAUCCCAUUUAAGUUUAAAUUGAAGUGUCACCUUACUGAAACCAAAAAUAUUAUUCUUAUACAUAUUUAAUGUACAAUAUGUCAAUGUAGUAAAACACUUCUUUUUAAAUUGUAAAUAUUACCUUUUCUUACCUAACUUAUGACUUAUUUCAAGUUUAUUAGCCGAUAUAUAUAUAUAUAUAUAUAUAUAUAUAUAUGUAGUAUUCUUUUGUUCACUGCAAUCAUUUCAUCUAUGCUUUGUUUAGAUCUAUUUAUCAUCUUUGAAAUAAAAUUAUUUGUUGCAAAUGUUCUUCAGAAUUCUAUUUCACACUGAAUUGUUUUUACGUUUAUUUCUUUGUAAUACAAUUAUAUAUCCAUAUUAUUAUCAUUAUUACCAUUGUUACAUACAUUUAUUAUCAUGUGAAUGCAAUUUUUUUAAUGAUUGUCAUAAUGACAUUAUAUUGUAUUUUGAAAUGUUUGUAUAUCUCUUUUUUCUCACUUUCUUUGUGCUUUCUUAUGGCCUUCCUUCAUUUAUGCAUUUCUCAUUCUUCGUAUUUCGACUGAUACUUUUUUGUAAAAGAAGGUAGAAAUUCGGUUCAAGUACUCAUCGCGUUUUUCUUUCAACAGUGCACAGAUUAGG